AUGCCUAAUGGGGAGUUAGAAAAGGAAGAAGUUGAGAUUAUUGAGAAAGAAGAUGAAGUUGAGGAGGGUGAGAAAGGAGAGAAUGUGGAAAAAGAAGAGCCACAAGUCCAAGUUGGUGAUGAAGCUUCAUUGCCAUCAUCUUCACCAACUAAGACUUAUGUGCCACCGGUUCCAUACCCUUACAGAUUAGAGAGGAAAUUGAGUGAUAAAUUCUCUAAGUUCCUCAAUGUAAUAGAAGGCCUUCAAAUCAACAUUCCUUUCCUUGAAGCAAUGUCUCAAAUGUCGGAUUAUGCUAAGUUUUUGAAGGAAAUCCUCUCCAACAAAAGGAAACUAGAAGAUGAGCUCAUCAACUUGCCAUACCAAAAGCAAAGAGACCCGGGAAGCUUCACCUUGCCGGUCAAGAUAGGUGACUUGGAGCCUAAAGGAGCGUUGGCCGAUUUAGAAGCAAGUGUGAAUUUGAUCCCUAUAUCCAUAGCUAAGCACCUAAAUCUUCCUCUUCAUCUUACACGGAAGACUAUCCAAUUGGUGGAUCGAGCUGUGAGAGUGCCACAUGGUGAGUUAGAGGAUGUACCAAUACAAGUUGGGCAUGUGUUUGUGCCAUGCGAUUUUGUAGUAAUGGAUAUGGAGGAAGAUCAGGAUACUCCCCUCAUUCUUGGGAGGGAGGCCCUUAAGACAUUGGGUGCUGUGAUAAACUGCAAAAAUGAUACAACCACGGUCGAGGUAGCCAAUAAGAGGGUUGUGUUCGAGUUCUCAAAUACUUUUAAGAAACCCAUGGAAAGAUUGUCGAGUCAAUCUAGUAGAGGGUGA